AAUAGAUUUAGAUUGUUGGAUUGAAAAGAGGAUUUAGGUUAACCUUGGAAGUUUGUAUUGAAGCUAAAAAAAAUGCUUUGGUAGGGUUUCGCUAUUUUUUCCUGCGGACUUUUUUUCAUCGGCAUAGUUGAUCGCAUAAUACAAUCUGUGUAGAAUUUUGAGCUUUUUUCUCAGUUGAAGUCUUUUGUGGGCAGAGGAGAGAACUUGGAUUGUUAGAGAGGCAACGCGCAUAUCAAAUCAACUCAGCAAAUAUGAAGUUCAAUAUAGCAAAUCCCACCACUGGAUGCCAGAAAAAGCUCGAGAUAGAUGAUGACCAAAAGCUGCGUGCCUUUUUUGACAAGAGGCUUUCACAGGAGGUCAUGGGUGAUUCCCUGGGAGAUGAGUUCAAGGGAUAUGUCUUCAAGAUUAUGGGAGGCUGCGAUAAGCAGGGUUUCCCAAUGAAACAGGGGGUUCUUACUCCAGGCCGUGUCCGGCUCCUCAUGCACCGAGGCACCCCCUGCUUUCGUGGAUAUGGAAGGCGUGAUGGAGAACGCAGGCGUAAAUCUGUUCGAGGCUGCAUUGUCAGCCCUGACCUUUCUGUCUUGAAUUUGGUCAUCGUGAAAAAGGGAGAAAAUGAUCUUCCAGGACUCACUGACACGGAAAAGCCAAGAAUGCGAGGGCCCAAGAGGGCUUCAAAGAUUAGAAAAUUGUUCAAUCUUUCCAAGGAGGAUGAUGUCAGAAAGUAUGUUAACACAUACCGCCGAACUUUUACAUCUAAAUCAGGUAAGAAACGGAGCAAGGCUCCAAAGAUUCAGAGGCUUGUAACACCAUUGACUUUGCAAAGGAAGCGCGGCAGAAUAGCUGAGAAGAAAAAGCGAAUUGCCAAGGCCACGUCUGAGGCAGCUGAAUAUCAAAAGCUACUCGCUUCAAGGUUGAAAGAACAACGUGAACGCAGAAGUGAGAGCUUGGCCAAGAAGAGAGUAGCAUCCCGCCUUUCUGCUGGAUCUAAACCAUCAAUUGCCGCAUAAUAGUUUUGUCGGUUUCUUAAUGUUGUUGAGGCUAUAGUUAUAAAAGGCAUUGCAGACUAAAUGCAAUGGCAAAUUGUGGGCAGAGGCAAGCAGUAGAACUUUAGUUGUUGGCUACUCUUAGUAAACAUUGGUUUUGGUGUGACGAUGAAAGCUCCGUGUUGAGAGUAUUUAUAGAAAUUGUUGUCAUGAAAAACACAUUUUCUUGCAAUUAUUGUGUUGCAUUAAAGAAAAAUUCUGUAGUUAUUAUAUUUAUCUUUGUUUUA